GAUACGUCUUCCAGUAGACGGCCGGGAGUGCUCGUCGUCCCUGGAUCACAUCGAGUCCAUGGCUGUCGUCGAAGGCUCGAAGCACGAAUACUAUACACUUUCUGUCAGCGACCCCAACUGUGUAGAGCGAGCGGGGCACAACAAACAAAUCAUCAUGUACCUGCCCUUCUGUCGAGCGAAACAUGCACCCACAACGCUGUUUCGGUCGCCAUUCCAUUGUCUUCCCCGCUGGCCCAUGAACUCAUCAGCGCUACCGAAAACCCUGACCGAAAUAGCACGAGCAGCUCGCUAGCCAUUGCGCCCAAACGCCCAGCGGUGGUGCACUCUGCACUGCACGCCGCAGCUGCUGCUUCUCCUUCGUCUUCUACCUACCGCCGAUGGAGACUAACUAACUGUCAACCCCACUACACUGUGCUCGUGCUCUGCGUACUGCGUGCCAUCUCAUCACUUCCCUUCCCGCCCCAACAACUUCUCCAAUUCCCACCUCUUUUGGCUGCUAAAGCAUCUCCGCUUGUGUCGGUGUGUCGUUGCUGCUUCCGUCUCCAUGGAAUGGAAGCAUGGACCCCUCUCAUCGUCGUCUCCUCCUUAUAUAAAAGCAUCUCGAUCCCCACCAUAGCCGCCACCCUUCUCUGCUAUAAUCCCAUUGCUCCAAGACAGGGAGAAACGCCUUUGCAAGUGUGGCCACCUGGUGCUACGGCAACGUGCAGAAAAUGGCGGGUGCAGCGCCGGCCCCGGUUGUAAACCAUGCAGUGGUAGUUGUGCUUGUGCUCGCCGCGGUGCACGGGGUUCUCUGCGGCUCGAACCACGCCGAGUUGGCCAGGGCCCCGCGCGGCGGCAAUGCGCCGUCGUGGCCGCGGCCCGGCGUGAACGGCACGGACGCCGGUGGUCCGGCCCCGGCGCCGUCGGGCGCGCUGGCAGGGUGCGGGUGCGCGCCGGCGCCGGCGCCGUGGAAGUUCUUGAAUCAGAAGCUGGCGGCGCUGUACCCGGUGAUCCAGGCGUUCAAGCGGACCAUCACGUGCGACCCACUCGGAGUGACGGCGACGUGGGUGGGCACCAAGCUCUGCGACAGCUUCAGAGGCGGCGGCAUGUACAAGGGCUUCUACUGCGACUACCCGCCGGAUGCGCCGACGACGCUCACUGUCGCGUCGAUCGACUUCAACGGCUUCGGCCUGUGCGCACCGACGCUGGCCGGGUUCAUCGACAAGUUCCCGGACCUCGCCCUGUUCCACGCCAACUCCAACAACUUCUCCGGCGACGUCCCGGACCUCACCGGCCUUCCCUACUUCUACGAGCUCGACCUCUCCAACAACAACUUCUCCAGCGCGUUCCCAGACACCGUCGUGCCCCUCGGCAACCUCCUCUUCCUCGACCUCCGCUUCAACCGCUUUGUCGGCACGGUCCCGCCCCCGGUGUUCGGCCUCACCGUGGAGGCGCUGUUCCUGAACAACAACGGCUUCUCCGGCCGCAUCCCGGACAGCUUCGGCAGCACGACGGCCGAGUACCUCGUCGUGGCCAACAACCAGUUCACCGGGCCGAUCCCGCGUUCCAUCUACAACACCUCGGCGACGCUGUCGGAGGUGCUGUUCCUCAACAACAAGCUCUGCGGGUGCCUCCCCUACGAGAUCGGGCUGGUGGAGGGGCUGGUGGUGUUCGACGCCGGCGGGAACGAGAUCACAGGGCCUAUCCCACUGUCGUUCGGGUGCCUGGGCAGAGUGGAGGAGCUCAACCUGGCUGGGAACCAGCUGUACGGGAACGUCCCCGACGUGGUGUGCCUGCUCGCCAAGACCGGGAAGCUGCAGAACCUGUCGCUGUCGGACAACUUCUUCCAUUCCGUGGGGCCCCACUGCAUGGAGCUCGUGAGGAGCCGGGUGCUGGACGUGCGCCGCAACUGCAUCCCCGGGUUCCCCGACCAGCGGCCCGCGCUGGAGUGCUCGUGGUUCUACGCCGACCCGACAAAGCACUGCCCCUUCGUGCCGCACAUCCCCUGCGACCUGCCCGGGUACAGGCCACCUGCCACGACCGCCGCUGCGCUGCCGGCCGCGCAUGGCGGCCAUCCCCAAGAGGGUGGCAACUGAAUCGCUGGAAUUUGUCCGCAUUUCGCCGUUCAAAUCGCAUGAUUGUGUUGUGUCCAACGUUGUAACAUUGGGGUUAAAUAACUGUCUACUAAAGCACCAAGAAUUAGUGUCCUCAGUUUGUGACCGACCGCCAUGUAUUGCUGAUAUGAUCUCAUCAAUAUCAAAAUAAAAAGAUUCUCGUACGCAUGGCUGAGUCCGUAGUUGCUAUUAGAGUAGUAUCGAUAGAGAUUGUAC